AUGAUGAACGUUUACGAUAGUGUUGUAAGAGGUACACAAGCUAGUCGGUUAAUACUUAUUGAAGAUUCAUUUUUAGCCAAAGGACAGUUUCUAUUACAUCUUAUAUCUGCAAAUCGUAAAUCUUACGACAUCCAUGUACUUUGUUAUAAAAAUUUAGUGUCCAAAUAUCAAACUUUAUUUCCUUCCUUGUCUAAUAUUCAAUACCAUGAUUGUUUGAUUAAUAUUUCGUCUUUAAAUUUAAGUAUGUAUGAAAUUGUUUCAUGUAUAGUUGAAAAAUCAACCAGAAAAAUAGUAAUUUUGAUUGAUUCGUUGUCUAUGUAUUUACUUUUAACUGGCUUCAGGAAAGUGUAUAAAGAAUUAUUGGAUAUUACAUCAUCAGAUAAAUUUCCGAAAGUUGUUCAAUUUGUGGUAGUGGUACACAAAGAUGUAACAGAAGUUAAUCAAAUUGAACACCUGAAAAACAUAUGUAAGACUCAUGUAUGUGUACAGAGUACUAACAAUCCGUUAAUUUUAAAUCUAACAUUAGAACAUAAAAGGUCAAAUGGUAAAUGUGUAGUUCAGAAAUUAAAAGGAGAAUUAAAAUCUGAUAGUACAUUUAAACUAAUAAAUGACUUGUCACCACCGAAAAUUGAAGAGGAUAAAGGCAUACCAACAAAUUUAGCUAGUUUUAAAUUAGAUUUACAAGACAGUGAGAAGAAAGCCAAGGAAGAAUUAAUUUUACCAUAUACUCUAGUGCAAAUUCCAUCCAAUACUGGUGGAAUGAUUCAUUAUGUUCCAGAUGAAGCAGAUGACUGGGAUGAAGAAGAUCCGGACGAUGACUUAGAAAUAUAG